AACUACCUAAAGCUUGUAGACAAUGAUGCAAAACUUUUCUUUUACUCCAAUGCAACCAUGGAGUGGUUAAUUUUGAGAGUAGAAGCACUUCAAAAUCUGACUUUAUUCACUGCUGUUUUUCUCUUGGUUUUACUUCCCAAGGGUUAUGUUGAUCCAGGGCUUGUUGGACUUUCUCUUUCUUAUGCUUUGGCUUUGACAAGCACCCAAGUGUUCAUGAUUCGAUGGUAUAGCAGCUUGGCUAAUUAUAUUAUUUCAGUGGAACGAAUCAAACAGUUCAUGCACAUACCUCCAGAGCCUCCAGCAAUUGUGGAAGAUAGAAGGCCACCAUCUUCAUAGCCUUCUAAAGGGAGGAUAGA